UUAUAACAGUACUGAAUUAAGAUGACAUAAAUUAUGAACAUCUCAAUCCUUUAAAUUGAUAUACACAAUUCAUAAAAAUGGGGACGAAUGUGGACGUCAUCACGUGUUAACCCCCAGGUUGGUUGGAGAAUGUAACUCGUAGAAGCAGUAAUAGGGCCAUCCAUUAUAUAUUCAGCACUGGCAUCCAAGAUUUUGAAGACAUAUUAGCUUAAUAUACAAUUUAAUUUGCCUACAAAAACAGAGAAAAUGGUGGUGAAGGUAUAUGGUCCAAGAACAGCAGCCUGCCCUCAGAGAGUGUUGGCUUGCCUCUUAGAGAAAGGGGUUGACUUUGAAAUUGUCCAUGUUGACCUUGAUCACGGAGAGCAAAAGCAACCUCAUUUUCUUCUGAAACAGCCUUUUGGUCAAGUGCCAGUUGUGGAAGACGGGGAUUUCAGACUCUUUGAGUCAAGGGCAAUAGUAAAGUACUACGCAGCAAAACAUGCAGAGAGUGGUCCUAAUCUAUUAGGUACAACCUUAGAGGAGAGAGCACUGGUGGACCAGUGGCUUGAAGUAGAAGCACACAACUUCAAUGAUUUGUGUUUCACUCUCAUGCUUCAACUUGUGAUCCUACCAAAGAUGGGUCAGCCAGGGGACUUGGCUUUGGCUCAUAGCUCUGAGCAGAAGCUAGAGAAGGUGCUUGAUGUCUACGACAAGAGGCUCUCAGAGAGCGCUUAUCUCGCCGGAGACACCUUCACUUUGGCCGAUCUUAGUCACCUUCCGGGGAUCGAUCAUCUCAUUGAGGAUGCCAAGUUGGGCCACUUGAUCACUCAGAGGACCAAUGUUAAUGCUUGGUGGCAGAAAAUAGCAAGCAGGCCAGCUUGGAAAAAAUUGAAGAAUUUGAUUCAUUAAUUACGAAAUGUUUAAACUUAUUAAUAAUAAAUAUCUUAUGUUUUUAUAUAAUGUAAGCUUUCGUGUGUGCCAAAUCAUUGUGUUUGUCCAGCAAUAUAUAAAACAGAAAUUUCAUGUUUGAAUGUCAAAUGUGCUUGAUCCUUGAUGAUGUGUUCCUAUGUAUUUGGCGCACAGAAUAAAAAUGUUGGCAGAAUUUCUUAUGAAAUUAAUUUAUUUUUUCAUUUAUAAUAUUUUCUUACAUAAUUAACUUGUUAGGUACUUUUAGAUUUUUCGAAGGACAGAAGAUGUUCAAUGAAAUCAAAGACUGAAAAUGAUAAAAAUAAAUAAAUAACAAUAACAAAAAAUCCUAAUUCUGGAUAUGAUAUUGAUAUUACAGAAGAGCCAAACUUGAAUUCUACUGAUUUUAAAAUCCAAGCAUUAAACUUAUGUUUUUAUAGUAUCUGGAGUAUAAAUUCUAUGGGUAUUAAGAUAUACCAAAAUAUAAAAGAUUUUAGUGUCAAAUACCCUUGUUUGAUUCCUCCACUACAUAAAAUAAUUAGCAAUAUACUGAAAUCUAAUAUCAACAAUUAAAGUGUGUAAAUAAUUGUUUAUUUAAAAAGAUGGAUCAGAUUAAUUGGCUUGGUUUCUCUAACGAGAAAAAAUCGCACAGUAAUAUCAGCGUCGAUCAUCUGGGGAAAUAAUCAUCACUUCCAUCAUUUAAAAAAUAGUUCCUAGCAUAGAAAACAAAAAUAAAAAA